AUGUCCCAACCAACCCUGCCUAUGGAAACCGACGACGAUGAGGCGACAACAAGCCGCCCCGCCACACAACAGCAAGGCCGACCAAGGUCGACAUCCCCACAGCUCCAAUUCAGAACCGCGGUGAUGCCACAGGCCCUACAGCAACCACCAUUGCCACCGAUCGCGAUACGAUCGAUGGCGGCCCCAGCGAUCGCAACUACAUCAACAACCACAGCACCCACGGGUGCUGGGAACACAGCAGUGAUGGAAUGGUGGGUCUCUUUUGGGACCCACCAGUUCACGCUAUACCACACGGAGGCGUGUGCCGUGUGCUACAGCUACCUCCAACACAUCGCGAUGGCACGCAACACGGCCCCCUGUCAGGAAGCCCACACAGAUGCACUCAAUGCUGAGCAGCACCUGUUCUGGGAGCACUUCCAGACCUACACAGCCUCAGAAGGGGGAGGACGUGAUGAUGUUCCCAUGCAGCAACGCAACAUGGAGCUGCAAGCGCAACUCGGUGUGGCAGAAACAGAAGCAACCACACAGCGACGACAGGUCGACGACCUACUAAGGAAGCAUGAACGCCUCCUCAGGCUGAUCGCGUCAAGUUCCCGACCUCGAUUGCCCCUGGACUAUCGCGGGCAACCGAGUGGGGCUCCACGGAGACAACCAUCUCCACUGGAAUACCUACCUCCCCUGAGGGAGCAAAGGUAUUCCCCCCCAUCAACGAACAGCAGCUCGCGCCGGUACUCACCGCCAUCGAAUGCGAGCGGAUCGCGACGUCGAUCCUCGGUGCGAUACUCGACCGGGGGAGCACAGCGAUACGUGCCCUACGCUGCAGCGAGUAGGCCGAGCUCGGCCACACACCACACUCCGGGAAUGCCCCCGCCACCGAGACACAUGCCCCCAGGGCCACCACCAAGGAGUGGUGCCCCUGGACCACUGACCGGUCCUACAUCAGGACUGCCGGCUGGCUACGUUCUGCGACCUCCAGUUGGUCCCGCUCCUGCCCCUGUAAAGUCGCGCGUGCAGCGGGCCUACGAGCACAUCGACAAUGACGAGUCAGAGUCGGAGCCGUCCACAGACAGCGACAAUGAGCCCAAUGACGUCGAGGUCCAGCGGCUCAACAAACAGCGUCAGAGGAACCAUGGCCCGAUGAACCUGCCCAGGCAAGGAGCAUCGAGGAGCGAUGGCAAAGGGAAGACAGUGCCGCGGCCGUCAGACACCGAUAACGAUGUCUCGCCGGCCCCGCACAACUGGCUCGAUUCGUUCCCCCUCCUGGUCAACACGCAACCGUGGAAGGCGACCAAGUGGUACAACUUUGUACCUCGGUACGUCCGCGACUUGCAGCGCAUCAUUGAUGUGGCACACAGUGGCGACGAUGGCGCGCGCACCUGGGCGACCGACCUCAUCCGGCAGAUGCAGCAAGAUGGACGCUUGACUGCGUCCCACGGCAUGAUGAACCUACUCAUGUCGUGGUGA